AUGAAAACAUUUUUUACUUUUAUUCAAAUUUUAAUUGCUUUAAUUUUUUUUUUCUCCACCACGGUUUUUGCUAACUCUGAAAAAUUUGAGUUGAUUGCCAUUAGAUCUGGAUCUCCAAUUCAAUAUGCCCCAAUCACUUUGUUGAAUGGUGUUUUUACCAUUACAUCUUUGCCAAGUAGUAAAAUUGUUGCUUAUAUCAAUGAUAAAUCCGAGCUAGUAAUUAACGACGAUGAAUAUGCAUUUAUUAAAGACGAUGGCUCAAUUGCCCUAACCUUAGUUGAAGAACGGGCUUCUAAAUUUACUAUUGAUGAUUUAGGGUACUUAAGUUACAAUGGUAAAGAUGGCCUUUCUGCCAUUCCAACUGGUCAUGGUUUUAAAGUUUCUGCGUAUUCCUCUGGCAACGAAGAUUCCAUUACGUUCGGUGCCAAAGCAGUUCCUUGUAUUGCUACCCCUAAUGUCGUACAACCAACAUUUUCCACUUUGAUUAAGAGACAAGAAGUUUCUCAAAUUAGUGACGGCCAAAUUCAAGCACCAGCUACCACAAUUACUACCGAAACUGCUCAAACUAUUACGACUUCGGCCCCAGAAACAUACAACACUGAAACAAUUACUACUGAAAGCGUUCAAACUGUUACAACUUCGGCCCCAGAAACAUAUAACACUGGCACAAUUACAUCUGUUAUUACCGCUGAAUUAGUUUCCCAGAUAAGUGAUGGCCAAAUUCAAGCAACUAUAGGUAUUAUUAAUAACAGCACUACUUACAUUCCAAGUAGCUUUGUUCCAUCUGAAGGUAAUGCUGCUGGAUUAAAGGGUAACGGUGGAUUAUCUAUGAUUAUAGUCUUGAUUAGUUUGGCUUUUGCUUAG